UGUGCCUGACACCCUGGCAACGAGCUCCAGCUUGUCUCAAACAGACAGCAAGCCAUGGGCAUGCACAGACGCCUCACCUUCCUCCUCCUUCUCCUCAGCCUCCGUGCCCCAGGGACUUUGGUCAGAGCAGCAGCCCUGCCUGACCUGCCACGCGUGGUGGCCCUGAGCGAGGACGCAGAGCCAGGCAGCCGUGUGGCCGAGGUGACCGUGUCCUGCACCAACGCAAGCAGCAGCCCUGAUGUCACCCUGCACAGCACUGAGCCCGGCCACCCCUUCAACCCCGUUGCGGUCAGCGCUGACCCCACGGCCGCUGCCACAUUUCUGGCAGAGGUGCGUCUUGGGGGACAGGCAGCAGGGCAGGAGCCCACGGGCGCCGCGCUAAGCAUCUUGUCCCCACGGCAGGUGACGCUGCGUGCGGGUGCACAGCUCGAUGCCCACCUGGUCAACCAGUACAACGUAACCCUGCGGGCCGCUUGUCCCGGUGAGGGCGUUGUGGAAAAGACACUCUUUGUCCAGGUGACAGCGGGACAGGUGCUGCCCUGUGACGCCCCCUUUGCCAGCGCGGAGGGUGACGUAGUGCAGGUGCUGGCGGACGUGGCGCCCCGGAUGCCCCUGUAUGCGGUGCUGCCGCAGCUGCUCGGCGGGCUGAGGGUGAGUGCCAGCUGUCCAAUGUGCCCGCAGCCCGUGCAAGCGGGAGCAUCCGUGGGGAUGGUGGGACCUCAGGUGCAGGGAGGAACAGGGAUUCCCUCCCUUCUCCCACCCUCUGCCUGUCAGCAGUUCAGGCUCCGAAACCACAACACUCCGCUCACGCUCACACACCAGGGCCUGGUUCUGGCGCCAGCCGGCGGCUUCGACCGCAGUGAGGACAACCAGGCCUUCAGGCUGGAGAUCGAGGUGAUGGACCGUCUCGGGCACAACUGCAGUGGAGCUGUGACGGUGGAGGUGCUGCCACCGCGCCGUCCCCGUGUCACCUUCCCCGAGCUGCAGAGGUCUGUGACAGUGCCGGAGGGCAUCGGUCCCUUGGAGGUGGUCACGCAAGUCCAUGCCAGCGGCAAUGACGUCCGCUACGCUAUCCUGGCUCCCACGGCACCUGCGCUCUUCACCAUUGACGAGGUGACGGGCGAGAUCCGCAGCACCCGCCGGCUAGAGGUGGCCCACACACACCUCCUCGUCCGGGCUUACAAUGCGCUGCACCCUGCCGACCACGCCACUGCCACGCUGAACAUCACCGUGCAGGGGAUGGACCGGCGCGCGCCGAGCUGUGUCCCAGCCAUCUACGUGUCCCAGGUGUCCGAGACAGUGUCCCCCGGCAGCACCCUCAUGACACUGAGGUGCACCGACCCCGCUGGUGAUGAGGGGUCCCUGCGCUACACCCUUGAGGAGCCCCUCGCCUCUCGCUUCCUCUUCCGCAUGGAGGGGCCGCAGCUGCAGGUCAACACCACCCUGGACUAUGACUCAGAGGCUGCGGCCUCUGUGGGCUUCCAGUUCACAGCCACCAUCGUGGUGACAGCGGGAGAGCAGCCCCUGCGGAGCACCCAUGUGCCCGUGCUCGUGACGGUGACUCCCGUCAAUGAAUUCACACCGACGUGCCCCAACGGUGCCAUCUUCACCGUGCUGGAGACGGCGCCUUUUGGGAGUGCCGUGGGGCGUGUGGCCGGCACCGACCGCGACUACCCACCGGAUAGCCUGGAGUACAGCCUGGAGGGGGUCCCUGGACCCUCGCAGCCCUUCUCCAUCGACACGCACACCGGUGAGCUCCGCGUGGUGGGACCCCUGGACUCCCAGCGCCAGAAGAGCUACAGGCUGGUGGUGCGGCUGAGGGACACCCGCAACGACCUGAACCCAGCAAAGCGGUGGAGCAGCCUGUGCGACGUGGCCGUGCGCCUGCAGGUGUGGGUGCAAGCCGGGUGGGUGAACCGCGGUGCGUUCAUGCACCAGGGGUACCAUGCUGCUUCUCCCCACUCCCGGCAGGCCGUGCCGGACCCAGUAUUGGUGUGCACUCCCGAGGUGCAGGAGCUGCGGAUCACGGCCGGGUUGGGCAGCCGACAGCCUGUCACCCGCCUGGCGUGCCAGGGCAGCCCCGAUAGCGUCACGCUGGUGUACGCCAUCACUGGCGGCAACGAGGACGGGCGCUUUCGUCUGGAGGGAAACACUCUCUUCUACAUCCCUGAUGACCUCGCUGAGCCCCGCACCUAUGUGCUGCUGGUGGAAGUGUGGGGCAGCCCCAGCGCUCGCCGCCGCAGCACCGUGGUGGCACUGGUGGUGCACGUCACCCCCCGGAGCACCCCGGUGCCACCCAGCACCACUGCCCGGCACACGACACCACAGAGCGAGAUGCGGAUCAUCGUGCGGACGGAGGCGGUGUGGCACCCACCGGCCUGGUUUGUGGCCGUGCUGACCAUCUCCUGUGCGCUGCUGCUGGCUGCCCUGGGCUGCUUGGCACGGAACCUGCUGUAUUGCAACCGAGACCGCAGCAAACUGCUCCUGGUGAAAAGCUCCCAGGACACGGUGGAGCAGAGAGGCAGCGAGGAGAAGUGGGGCCAUGCCCCCAUCGACAGCCUGGGGCAGUUCGACGGCCGUGCUCAGGACCCGUGCACCGGCAGGGACUAUCUCUUCAACAGCGUGACCGGGGCACGGCGCUGGAUCUGAGCAGCUUGACCCAGCGAGGGAAAAUUCCAACAUGCUGGCAGAAACCCAGCAUGGCUCUCAGGAUUCUCUCUCCUGGGAGGGGGAGAGAAUCCCUCCUCUGUGGCUGAACUCGCUGCCCACAGCUGCCGCGGCUAGUGUGGACCCAAUAAAUGGUGGCAGAAAUUGCCCCCGCUGCCGUGAUGGCUGUGGGGAGCACCGGGGCCAAGCAGCCCUGCGGUGGCUGUCCUGUGGUGGUGGGCACGAGCCGGGGA